UGCUUCUGCUCAAAUUGAUUGAAAGGAGUGUACCAAUUAAUCACCGGGCAUCCUCUGUUGCUUCUGCCUAAGCAUUUCAUCAAACAUUUGACAAGCGCAACAAUUGACAAGCGAGGUGCGGCGGCCUAGCCAGCAACCAGCGCAGGAGGAAAGCAAGAACCCCGGCCAGCAUCUCGUCGCUGCUGCGACUCCUCACCGUGGUUCUUACAGCUGCGACUCAUGCGGCCACGUCGGUCGCGAUGCCGAGGUAAGAAUGGCACGCGGCGGCGGGAUGCAGGCGCAGGCGCGCCACCGCGGGAGAUGCCCAGGCCACCGACAAAGAGGAGGAAAGAUCGGAUACGGUGCGUCGCUGGUGGCUCCGGCGGUUGGACCACGGGCGGCGGCGGCGGUUACGAGUCGAACUCGGAUUGCGUGGUUUCUACGCGGCGGGGCAUCGGGGAUCGAUCUAUAUCAGCCGGGUUGCGGGGAUAGAUCGCACUUUUCCUUCGAUCCGACGAGCAAACCACCUCCUUGAUAGAUCAUGCCCGACGUUCUCCUGGCGACCUAACAAUCCGGCGAGCUUCCUCUUUCUUCUCCGAUCAUCAUUUUUGAAUUUUAGCAUCGCAAUUGUUCUAUUUCUUGAUUCGCCCGUGCAAUCACUUGGUCUCUUUGUUCUUUGCUGUGUCCUGUGUUUUGCAGAGAUGGCUAGCCAUGUCGCUGCGGCUCUGCCGCCGCUGUUGCCUACCCAGGCGCGCUGCCUCCUCCUCACGCCUCCUCCGGCGGUGUACACGGCUCGUGUGGAGCUGGACAGCAAGAAGCAGCAGCCUGGACGUGCCUCGAUGAGCCGGAGCUGGAUCAGAGACAAGAUCGACCUUCCCGGACGUGCUUCCCGGAGCUCCAGCUGGGCCACUGACAAGACGCUCCGCCGUGCCGGGACUUUGAACGGCGGCGUCGAGCGCCUCGGCCGCGGGGAGAUGCCGAGGGAGAACUGGAAGAGGCCGGCGAGCCGUGCGCCAUCCGUCGACCGCUGCGAGAAGAAGCCGAGGCCUCCCACUGAGAUGGUGGCAGCCUCGGAGGCAUCACUCCUCGCCGGCCCCGCCUCGUCUGUCGGCUGGUUCGAGAAGAAGGCAACAGCUAUGACUGAGAUGGUGGCAGACUCGGUGGUGGCAUCCUUCGAUGGCCCUACUCCGUCGAUCGAUCUGUCGGAGAAGAAGGCAGAGCCUACGACUGAGAUGGUGGCAGAAUCGGAGGCGACACUCUUCGCUGGUCCUGUGGUGUCGAUCGACUGGUCGGAGAAGAAGGUGACGCCUCCGACCGUGGUGGAGGCAUCACCCUUCGCUGGCCUUGCUCCGUUGAUCGACCUGCCCGAGAAGAAGCCGAAGCCUCUGGCUAAGAUGAAGGUGGACUGGGAGCCGGAGGCAUCCUUCUUCGCUGGCCCGACAUUCAUGGUGUCGCCGGACCCGAGCGAGCUGCCCAUGCCGGCCUUCAUUGUGUCGCCGGACCCGAGCGAGCUGCCCAUGCCAACCUUCCUUUAUAAGCACAAGGUGGCUAAAGUGUUAGCUGGAUUAGUCGCUCCGAUGCUCAUUGAUCAGCAAGGAGAUUGAAGCUGUUUUCAGUAUGUAGCUAGGUGGAGUAUGCUGAUCAGCAAGAUUGAAACUGUUUUCAGUAUGUAGCUAGGUGGACAUGAUUAAUACAACUACCAUUUAGUAUUA